AUGUAUCCUACUCCGCCAUUGACCGCCUCCCUUGUGUCGGAGGACGAUGCCUCCUCCUCCUCUGGCCUCUCGGCCUGUUCCGAACCUCUCCUCAAUUCAGAGGGCAUCCCUAAAAAUCCAUUUCCUCGAAUUUCGAAACCCGUAGAGCUUCUGCGACAUUCAUAUGAUUGCGUUGUUAUAGGUUCUGGCUAUGGAGGAUCCAUUGCUGCCUCGCGCAUGGCGAGAGCAGGCCAGUCCGUUUGUUUGUUGGAGCGAGGAGAAGAGAGAUGGCCCGGAGAGUAUCCUACUGACUCAAUGGAAACAUUCAAACAAUGGCGAUUUACAGGCGACCUCACUCCGAGUUCCCUUGGUAAAAUUGCUGUCAACAGCGGCAAUCCCACCGGCAUGUUUAAUCUCUUUUUCGGUCGUGAUCAGAGUGUAAUUCUUGGUAAUGGGCUAGGAGGUUCAAGCCUAAUCAAUGCAAAUGUAUUCCUCGAAGCAGACAAAGAAAUCCUCAACACGGGCUUCUGGCCACCCGAAAUUCGAAAAGACCCUGAACAUUUGGAUAAGUACUACCAAAAAGUCAGGGAUGUGCUGGAGCCAGAACCAUAUCCGGACGACUGGCCAGCACUUAAGAAGACGGAAAUCCUCGACAAGCAAGCCCAUGUUCUUGGGCUAGCCGACAAGUUCCGCAAAGUCCCCCUUACAACACGUUUCCGAUCCGGCCCCAAUAGUUCAGGGGUCAACAUGUCAGCGUCAACACUCACGGGACAAGAUAGCACAGGCUUGAAUGACGGCUCAAAAACAACAACUUUGGUGACGUAUCUCGCCGAUGCGUGGAAUUGGGGUGCUGAAAUGUUCUGCAAGUGCGAGGUGAGGUAUAUUGAAAAGGUUCAGGAUGAGCGUGGCGGCUACUUGAUCUACUUUGCGUGGCAUGGCCGCGGUCGCGAACGGUUCGCAGCAGAAAACACUUAUGGCGAUCUGAUGUGGGUUCACGCAAAGAAGGCCGUCUUCUUCGGAGCCGGUUCGAUUGGUACUACAGAAAUCCUAUUACGGAGCAAGCAGAUGGGCUUAGGUAUGAGCGACUGGGUUGGCCGUGGAAUGAGCGGCAAUGGAGACGUGCUCGCAUUUGGACACAACUGCAAACAGGAAGUAAACGCUCUCGGAAAGGCGUCGCCAGAUCCAGCAAACCCCGUCGGUCCAACCAUUACCUGCGCCAUCGACAACAGAAAGGGCCUUGAGAAUCCGCUCGACGGCUACAUAAUCCAAGAGGGCACUAUGCCACAUGCAUUUUCCCAGCUGCUGCAGUGCGUGCUGGAUCUCCUGCCAGGCAGCCAUUCCCCUGACAAGUCGCUGCUUGAGCGGACUCAAGAGGCAAUGGGCUUGUGGAAGAGCAGGCUGCUCGGGCCCUUUUCCAAAAAGAGGCUUUUAGGAAAUACCCAAGUCUUUCUCAUCAUGUCUCACGAUGGUAAUCAAGCAACGUUGAGUCUCAAGAACGACCGGCCCGUUUUGGAAUUCCAAGGAGUGGGAAAAAGCGACCGCGUCAAGCGAUUCCAUGACAUCCUCGAGAAGGCGAUUGACGCCGUUGGUGGCACUCUGGUGUAUACUCCGAUGUAUCACUUCAUGAACAAGCACCAGAUAACAGCCCAUCCUCUUGGUGGUGUACCAAUGUCGCGGGAUAACACAGCAGCAAAUGGGGCGACGAAUCACCUAGGUCAGCUUUUUAUCGGCAACGAUACCUCAGAAACUCAUCCCGGCCUCAUCAUAGCCGACGGAGCCAUCAUCCCGGCCUCCAUCGGAGUAAACCCGCUUGCAACUAUUGCCGCCCUGGCCGAACGCACAGUCGAAGCGUAUGCCAGAGAAAACGGCCUCAUCAUCGACGAGACGAAGAACGAUGUUUUAGACCUCUUUGGAGAGCCAGCCCACAAGCCAAGGGACAGGCACUCUUCCGAGUCGACUUAUACUUCUGACGAUGAAACGCCCGAUCAAUUGCUGAACAAGAUCGAACUGCUCAGACAGAAGAGCGUUGAAUUCACGGAACUCAUGUCGGGCUUCAUCCACAAAACUUCGUCAAGCGCAGCAGUUGACGAUACGUCUGCUUAUGAGUCAGACUUUCGCGCAGGCAAAGGUAGAGGGGAGGUUGGCAGACUGCUAGUCAGCGCAACAGUCUUUGACGACGAAAUAUUAAGGGACGAGUCUCAACCCAGCGGUAUGCUUACAGGCACAUUCGUCUGUCCAACUAUUGAGGGGUCGCCGUUCAUGUUAUCGAGAGGCGAUUUGGGGUUAUUUAAGAGAACCCACAAAGCUACAGGAAGCAGCAUACUCACGUAUGAUUGCGAUAUGGCCGGCGCCAACGGUCGCCAACUUCGUCUCCGUGGCUACAAACUGGUCGACGCAUCUGUUUCUCUCAGUCCCCUCCAGAUGUGGCGUUCCACAACGACCCUCUACGUUUCUAUAACGGAAAAGGGCACUCAAAAUGAAGAUGCCAAUCAGGAGCGAAUCGUCUGGCAUGACGAUGUUACCGAUUUUUAUCAAGAUAUACCCCUCUCUGCCAGCGAGAAGCUGGUUGCAAGAGGAAUUCUGAAUCUGCGCCCAAAGGAUUUCAUCUCUGAGAUGAUGACUCUAUCUCCCUCUGGAAACAGCUUCCUCAACAAGGCCGUGAACAUGUCCAAGUUCAUGUCCUUUUUCACAUCUAAAUCACUAUCACACUUUUUAACACCACUAGGCUCGCUUGAGUAUCCAGAGCAGGGAUUCGUCUCAUAUAUGAAUUACACGCCUCCAUCUCAGACUUACACGGUAGUCGCCAGCGAUGGUAUCGAGACUGAGCUGCACAUGUGGGAACCAAGCCCAAGCGCUAUUGCCACUGAUUCAUGGGGCUCUCCCGUUAAAGUCGAGAACCUUUUCAUGAUUCCCGGCGCAUCUGUCGACCACCAAAUCUUUGCAUUGCCGACUAUCCCUUUCAACGCCAUCAACUACUUCACACGAGCUGGCUAUCGUGUUUUCGUGACUGUGCAUCGGAUUUGCCAGUUAAAGUCAACAAAUAAACAGGACUGGACAACAUACGACUCUAGGCUCGAUAUCAAGGCCUGCUUACAACAAAUUCGGAGAGUCUACGGUAACAACAAAAUAUACACCAUUGCACAUUGCAUGGGAUCCGUCGCUUUCGCCAGCGGUCUCCUCGACGGAACUAUCCCACCUGAGUGGAUCCUUGGAAUCACCUGCAGUCAGGUGUUUAUGAAUCCAAUAUGGAACACUAUGAACAUGAUCAAGGCCAGGUCGCCAGUGGCGAUAGACAAAAUAUAUGACUCAGUCUUGGGGAAUUGGUUAGACUGCAGCACGUCGACCGAAGACUCCUUGGCCCAGCGAACUUUGAACCAGAUGUUGCGGUUUUGGCCGGAAAAGAGAGGUGAGGCAUGUAAGAAUGCCGCCUGCCACCGUACGACACUGCUGUUUGGACGUUGCUGGAGCCACCGUAACCUUAACGAGGAGACGCACCGAAACAUGGAUCGCUUCUUCGGCGGAAGUUCCAUGAAGCUGAUGAGUUUGUUGAAACGCAUGGGAAGCCGUGGCUACGUUAGCUCUAACGCUCCAGAAUACGAGGAGUUUAAGGAGCAAGAACACAUUGAGCGCUUGCGCGGCAUUCCCAUCAUGUUCUUCGUCGGCGAGGACAGCGACGUUCUCUCCCCAAGAGCCACGGAGACGUCAUAUGAGCGCCUGAUUGACUCCUUUGGCAUAUCUGCCGGUCUCCCCGGAGGAGGCGUUCAGUAUCGCCGAAGACUUGUCCCAGGCUACGGCCACUUGGACUGCUGGAUGGGGCGCAACGCAUGGAGGGAUGUGUAUCCCUUUGUGCGGGAGGAAAUUGACCGAGUUGUUCGGGGAGAGUCGUAUCGAUUCCGCCAACCGAACGAUCGAUUCAAGUGUUUCGCAGAAGACAAUGAAUCACAUUAUUAA